CGCAGCCCGGAUGGUGCGAGGCGCUGACGUCAGACGUGUGAACAACAAACGGUUGUUGGACUUUCACGAGCUAGCUGCCUGCCUGCCUGCCUGCGAAUGGUCGCGUUAGACAAAAACACGUCCGACUUACUGUACUUUCCACCUACUGGAUGCAUACCUUCCUAUAGAAAGCGAAUAAUAGUCAGAACCGAAAGCAGGUGUCGGGUUGGGACGGACGUUGCCCCCACCCCACGGAAACAUGCUGAGGAGAACUCGGUGUGUUUCUAUGUGACGCCUGUUUCUUUUCCAGCCGCCUGUGUUGCCAUUCGAGGCGCUGUGAUGUGAGUCGAGUGUUCGGACCCCCGAAGUGAGACUACUUUAACUCUUAGUUUCUGUACGCCCUAAAUAAUGGACUUCGGGGUGCUACGUGACGCGGCAGGUAUGCGAGCAUCCGCGGGCCUGCGUGUCAUUGCGGUGCUUCGACUGUAGCACGCUAGCUAACUGCAGUUCGGCUCACGUAGUUCAUCCGAAUGAUUUAGCUCGUUACUGUAAAACGGCUCCAUGGCUAAUGCGGUGUAAUGGAAGCGCACUGACUGGCCGGCGGUCCUCUAAAAUACUGCUGUCAACGUUGAUCCAUUCCCGUUUGGUCAAAAAAAAAGUUUGCUCAAUGACUGCUAUUGCUAUUGCACUUGUCACAGAGGCAACUUCUGUGUUAUAAUUUACCACUACAGCAGUCCUCUAUUCAGAAAGCAAUACUCAGAAGUGUCCACUUGAGAAUUUUGCAGCCUAUAAACUCAUAUCCCUGUUAAUUUGUCCAUCCAGGCUGUAUGGUAAGAUUGAAAGGCUUUCGAGUUUAACUGGACAUGAAAACAUGAAUAUCGAAGAGCAGUGUCUCGAGCUGUGCAAUGUCAAGACCAAAACGAGUAUGGACGAUGGUCACCAUAACACUUCCUUCGGUACGGACCCUGUCCGCAUUUCUCAGUUGAUCCCGGACCCCGAUGUCGAUGGGCAGACCGUGGUCCCCUCCGAAACCAUGCCACAGCUCACUGACAACCUUCAGGUGGCCGUGGGGGACAACUGCCAGGUGAAGGACGCUCUAAAAAUUGAUGAGGUCAAUGGCAAUAGACAGACUAGUGGCCAUGCAGGGUCGCCAAACACAACUGACUCAUUCUUUCCCAAUGAUGGGGAUCAUAUGGACAACGCUCCUGUGGAUGAAAUGAAGGACUCUACAGACGCGGAACCUGUAAUGUUUAACGACCCGGAGGAAGAAGACGACUCCGGGGAGAUGGACAUGGGUGUGGACCUUAGCCUGGACGAGAGCGGCGUGCUGGAGGCUGAGACGACUACUGUUAUUUCGCUAUCAGAUGGUAUUUCGAAGCCCUCCGGUCAAGUUGUCCCAGCUGGUAGUGAGGCAGAAAGCCAGUCGGACGCACAGCAAACGGGCAAGCCGUCUGGUACGGACCACGCCGUGCUGUACCCCACGGUGGAGGAACGGGACGAUAAACACAAACUGACUGGCAAGAGAGUGACGUUUCCCUCAGAUGACGACAUUGUUUCUGGAGCAGUGGAACCAAAGGACCCCUGGAGACAUGCUCAGAAUGUGACGGUGGAUGACAUCCUGUCUUCGUAUAAACAGGCCUGUCAGAAGCUCAACUGUAAACCCAUUCCCAAAGUGCUCAAACAGAUUCAGGAACUAAAAGACCUGAGUCAGCGAAACGAGUGCUUGGAUCUAAAAGGUGAAAAGUUGGACUACAAGGCAUGUGAGUCCUUGGAGGAGGUUUUGAAGAGAGUCCAGUUUAAAGUGAUAGACCUGGAGCAGACCAACCUAGAUGAAGACGGCGCCUCUGCUCUGUUUGAUAUGAUUGAGUACUACGAGUCGGCCACACACCUCAACAUCUCCUUCAACAAGCACAUAGGCACGCGGGGAUGGCAGGCUGCCGCUCACAUGAUGAGGAAGACGAGCUCUCUACAGUAUCUGGAUGCGAGAAACACGCCUCUGCUGGACCACUCGGCCCCCUUUGUGGCUCGAGCUCUCAGGAUCAGUGGCAGCCUUGCAGUCCUCCACCUGGAGAACGCCGGUCUGUCUGGUAGACCGCUCAUGUUGCUUGCAACAGCACUGAAGAUGAAUAUGAACCUGCGCGAGUUGUACCUGGCCGACAACAAGCUCAAUGGGUUGCAAGAUUCAGCCCAGCUUGGCAACCUGCUCAAGUUUAACUACAACAUCCAAAUUCUGGACCUGCGAAACAAUCACAUCCUGGACUCUGGUUUGGCCUAUGUGUGUGAAGGACUAAAAGAGCAGAGGAAAGGCCUUGUCACAUUGGUGCUAUGGAACAACCAGCUCACACACAACGGCAUGGGCUACCUUGCUGCUGCACUGCCUUGCACCCAAAGUCUGGAAACACUGAACCUUGGUCAUAACUCAGUGGCCAACGAGGGUGUCCACAAGCUGAAAGACGGACUGAUUGCUAACCGUUCUGUGCUCAGACUCGGCCUCGCCUCCACCAAGCUGUCUUGUGAAGGGGCGGUAGCAGUGGCUGAAUUUAUAGCAGAGAGCCCGAGGCUGCUGCGUCUGGACCUCCGAGAAAAUGAGAUCAAGACAGGGGGACUGAUGGCGCUGUCGCUUGCCCUGAAAGUCAACACCUCUCUGUUGCGCCUGGACCUCGACCGGGAGCCCAAGAAAGAAACUGUGAAAAGCUUCAUUGAGACCCAACGCGCGCUGCUGGCCGAGAUCCAGAACGGCUGCAAGAGGAACUUCAUCCUGGCCAAAGAGAAGGAGGAAACGGAGCAGAUGAUGAGACAGUCGGCAUCCAUGGCUGAAAUUGCCACCGAAGACGGAACAAGAGAAGAAGAGGGGGAGGAGAACAAAGAUGAGGGACAGUCUGAUAAAGAGGGCAAUAAAACGGGAAGUGAAGCCCAGCCGAGCAGUGAAUCGGAGGUGAGCUCGCAGGUGACCGUUUCUCCAAUGAACCUGGACUCUGAUUCUGACACUGAAGAUGAGGAAGAAGUGAUCACGAAGACCUCGUCUGAGCCAAAAGCUCUCUUAAAUGCAGCCCUUCCUCAAAGUGAAGUGGUGGCAGCAACAUCAAGUCCCUCGCACACCCCCCCUCCAUCCUCAAUGAACAUCAUUUCGGGUAUCACCAUCACAGACAGCCCCGUUCCACCGGGCACGCCUCCCUCACCGGGCCGUUGCAUAUCUGUCUCAAGUCCCGGGCGGGGUCACAAGAUCUUCAUGGUGACUCGGGUGGAGAGCCCUCCAGAGUCGCUGGUCAAUGCCAGCCAUGCCGAGGGCCCGUCUAAGAUGACCUUAGAAACGAGCGCGGUCGCAGCCACGAAGCACAAAGACGUUUACGGCGCCUCACUGAAUCACACACGAGAGCCCGGCAGUGGCGACGCCGAUGUCGGCGGCACUUUCAGACCCCCGUUGACAAGUCAAAAAGCACCUUUGUUUGCUCAGCCUGCUUGCUUCUCACCCGAGACCCCUCGUGAAGAACGAACAGAGGUUAAAGAGGCUCCUCCUGUAGUGGAGGAGAACGAAUUACCGACAAGUGGAGACGCCAAAGAGGUCAUCCAGAUAUCAGCAUCCACAACAGAGCAAGUCACGCAGUAUUCCGAGUGUCCGGACGACGCUAAAGACGUGGAUGUCAGCUCCUCGACUGUGACAGAGGACGACAGCCUUGGUCCAAAACCCGAUGAGGAACAUCAGCAAUCUAAGCCAGAUGGACAGGAAGUAGCAGAGCCUGUCCUCUCUGACCAAACGACAUCGGUCACUGCCGUCCAACCCCACGUGCAGGACUCUGCAGACCGCGGCGAGCAGGAAGUCGCCGCUUCGCUUUUGCCCAAUGGCCUGAAACCCGAAUUCUCCCUCCACCUCCUCGAUCCCGACAGCCCCAAGUCUGGCAGCUGUGUCAUGGAACACGUGAGUGUGAACUGCACACAAGACCUGGAGGACCUGCUGCUGGAAGCCAGUUUGGACACUGGCAGGGAUGCGCCAUGAAGGAGCUUUGACAGGUCCUGCCAGGACGCAAGGAUUCAAGAACUUUCUCCCUUUGCCGCAUUUUUCUGAACCUCAGCAAACCCCAAACAACUUUUCCAAAGGACAGAAGAGUCAAAAGCGCUUGUUCUGCCAAGACUCGAAGGACACAAAAAGAAAAAGUAAUAAUUGUGACAUCACUACAUCAACCACUGAGUGUGUGCGCGUGUGUGAGUGCGCGUGUGAAAGGAACAGCAUCACUAUGCUGUCAUCACUACAAUUUUGUGAUUCUUUACACGGUGACGAGGGAUCGUCCAGCGCUCGGAGCGCCGCCGCUGGCGGUCUGGAGGGAUGAAAUAGAACACUAACCAAAGACCAAUCUUUCUGAUGCGUGUGUGUAUGUGUUUGUCUUCAGGAAAGCUUUUUAGGGGUAGAGCAUAAGUCUCGACGACACACAAAUAAUUCCAAUCGUGGACCCGGCCGAGCACACCUGCCGGCUUUGAUGUCACUGCUCUUGUAUCCGGUGACAAUAAAGAGUUUUUGUCCUCCUUUCCUGUCAGUCGAAAGUUUGAAGGGACCUGCGCCACGUGACCUCUCCGCUUUUGUCCUGUCCGGUUGUCGUUUUGGCCCCUCAGGAAUCAACACGAACCAAACCUGGAGCCAUGAGCUCCGUUGCUUCUUUAUCAGGUUGCUCAGAUAAAAAUAAAAUCUCUACUUUUUCUCC